AUGACGCGGCUGACUCAGGCCGCCAAUCGGAAUCUAGGCGAAGGAGAUGACUUUUCCCAUUGGUUUAAAAGGGGAAAAGAAAAAAAAAGCAUCACGUGCCCGCCUCUUCCUUCAGGCUGUGCGAGGAAGCGGCUGAGAAACAAAACUGAGCGGUGAGUGGGCAACCGCUGUGUGUUUGUAUGCGCGCUUACGCGGAAGUAAGUAUCUCCAUCUCCCUGGGACCAAUUACUUCCUAGUAGACCUGUUAGGCUGCAGUCCUAGCUGGGAGGGAGCCCCAUUAAAUCCAACGGGGCCUCCUCCUGAGCAAAGUUGACUGGCAGCCACCCUAUGCCCGGUCGCAGGGCUGGAUUUCCUUCCCUCUUCCUGGUUUCCAAGCAACUUGCCUCCCCAACGCUCCUCGGUGUUUUUAAAAGGGUGGCGCGGGGAGCUGAAAUGGUGGCAGCUGAAACUUUUUCGUCUCGCGCGGUUUCCAGAGGCAGAGGGUCCUCCCCGGCGGAAAACGUUGGCAACCGAACGGGGGUGGGGAGAGGGGAGAAGGACCUGGUUUAAAUCGAAGAGGGCUGCCCUCAUCGACUGCCCAGAAUAGUCAUUGCAAUAGAUUUCUACUCUGCAGAGAGGAGAUAAGAGAUGCUCGGGAUGUGUCUCACUGUCCUCUUCAUCAGUACAGUAUGUCGGCAUCCUGCGGAAAGUGUGAUUCUUGCACUUACACACACAAUAUUGUGUUAGAGAGUGUAUAUUCCAAAGUGUUAAUGCACAUAUGAGUCAGGCAGAUCUGAUUUUUCCCCCCACCCACACAUAAGCACUCUCUAUUGAACUUAUAGCAGUGUGACCUACCCACAAUACUGGAUGGUGAUUAAUGAGAUGUGUUAACACUUUGUGUUGCCCCUUCUCCACUGCUAGUAGUUCCCAAGUUCUGGAAACCUGAUGUCCUUUGUGGGCAUGCAAACGCUACAGCAGCAUAGAAUUGUAAAAUUGUGGGGUUGGACAAGAUCCCAUUGGUCAUCUAGUCCAACCCCCUGCAAUGCAGGAAUCUUUUACCCAACGUGGGGCUUGAACCCUGAGUUUGAGAGUCUCAUGCUCUACUGACUGAGCUAUCCCUCAAUUGGGCUACAACUCGUAUUCCCUCCUAGCCCACAAAUCCAACAUCAUGGAUCGAUAUAAAGCGGGACUAAUUUUCUUUGUGCCCAGCAGUCUAAUCUCAAAAUUAUUUCUCUCCAGCCAUGUAAUAAUAUUGCCCAGGCAUUCCUCCCGAGCUCUUCAUACUUAGUUCUAAUCAUAAUUAGCAUAUAUAGCCCCCCUUGCCCCAACAAGCAGACAUUGCCAGGUUAUUGGAACCAACUCACAUCCUUUUUGGAAAAACUGGAGGCCAAAUUCCCUCCCACUGACCCGCCAAUUGCAGGCAAUUUUAAUGCUGGAGCUAUCCUUCAGUCAAUUUGCAUUCAAAGUUUCUUUUUACCACAGGCAAUUAGUUAAGGAGGGAAAUAGUUAAAUAGAGCAAUAUCUCUGCAGGUAUGGACAGGAAGAUGUAUAAUUUAGACAAGGUGGGGAAACUGGUUCCUGGAUAAAUUGGAUGACAUGUAGGAAUUGCACCUCCUUUCUUGAUAUGCUCAACUCAACUUGCCGCUCAGCUUAACUCCUUUAAACUCUUUUCUCAUACAGUAUUGAGAAAAAAGUUUUGACUUUUAUAGUAGUCACACAUUUGAGUGUCUAAACUAUUGUCUUUUGAUUGCUUUGUGGGUGGAUUGAUGCUGAAGUAUGAACUGCACAUUACUUACAAUACCUUGUUUUGUGUAUUGUGUGUUAAAGUAUACUUAAAACUGCUCAGGGUGAUGAUACCUAGAAGGCUACAGGCAGCAAGUGCAAGUUGUAGAGCACAAGGAUAAGCUGAUGGACCACAGAAUGCCAAUCAAGGGAAACUGCUAUGUUAUGUACCAGUUGGAGGCAGCCAUGUAGAAGGAAAUAUUACAGCAUUUAGGGCUUUUUAGUUCAAAGAAAAUAGUAGGUUCUGUAACAGAAGUGUAUAAAAUUAUGCAUGGUCUAGAGAAAGCAGAGAGAGCAAAGUUUUUCUCUCUUUCACAACACUGGCACUUAGGGACAUCCAUUGAAGCUGAACAUAGAAAUUUUCAGGGCAGACAAAACUAUGAAACUAUGACAUUUGUUUCCAUGAGAGGCAGUGAUGGCCACCUACUUGGAAGGCUUUUAAAGAAGAUUCAACAAAUUCUUAGAGGACAAGGCUAUCAGUGGCUACUUUCCCUGAUGGAUGUGUUGUUCUUCCAUUGUUGGAGGCAGUAUGCUUCUGAAUACAUGUUGCUGGAAACAACAGAAGAGGAACAUGCUGUUGCCCUCGGGACCUGCUUGCAAAGUUGCUUCCCCAAAGCAUCUGACUGGCCAGAAUGCUGGAAUAAAUUGGCCACUGGUCUGAUUCAGCUCACUCUUAAGUUCUUAGAAGAUAUUGCAUGAGUAGAUUUCCAAGACUAAUUACAAGGAAAUUUUAUUUUUAUCAUAAGUUUGCAGAGGAUAUAUAGUUGUAUUUCAACUUUAACAUGUUCUACUUUAUCCGUAGGCAGGCCAUUUGUUCAGCACCAGUACUGCUGUGGAAAUACAACUUUAUUUGGAGGAUGACAGUGGAUUUGCAUAUUUAUACAAGUUAA